GGCAGUGGGUGACCCUGGGACGCAGAGGAAGGUCCUGCUGCCCCAUCCCCUCCAGGAGAGGCGGUGCAGGCGGUGUCCCCUGCCUCCACCCAUCCCAGCAGCACCCGCAGCGUUGCCACCUCCCGGAUUAUCGAGGCCGAUUUCCAAACCUCGCUGGGGCAGCACAACCGGCUGUGGAGAGCAGCGGGGAUGGAGGGGCUCAGCGUGGGCAGUGUCCUGCUGACCGGCUGCGAUGGGGGGCUGGGCCUGGGGCUGCUGAAGGGGUUGCUGGAGCAGCCCAGCCCGCCUCGGCACAUCUUCGCUGCUUGCCUGGACCCCCAGGGCAAGGCUGUCAAUGAGGUGGCUUUGGGCUUUCCCAACGUCAUGAUCCUGCCUUUAGAUGUGACAGAUCCCAACAGCAUCAAGGCAGCAGUCAGGAGGGUGAGGGAGGAGGUGGGAAAUUCUGGCAUCAAUCUCCUGGUUAACAAUACCAGCACCACGCGCCACAGCACCUUGGCCACCGAGACUGCAGAGAACAUGAGCCUCGUCUACACCACCAACACCAUCGGGCCCCUGCAGACCAGCCAGGCCUUCCUGCCCCUGCUGAAGGAGGCGGCUGAGGCCAAAGGGCAGCGUGAGAUGAGCUGCAGCAGAGCUGCCAUCAUCAACAUCUCCAGCAUCCUGGGCUCCAUCGAGGUUGCAGAGGCCUGGGAGGAGAGGCAGGACAUCUGCUACCGCUGCAGCAAGGCUGCUCUGAACAUGCUCACCAAGUGCCUGGCCCUGGAGUACGGGAGCAGCGGGAUCCUCUGUGUGUCUGUGGAUCCCGGACAUGUGACACCUCCCUUGGAGCAGGGGAUGGUGAGUGAUGGGAAGUGCAUGGCCAUCCUAGCUCAGCAAGGUCCCACGGGUAUCCAUUCUUGGGGCCAUCCUUUCCCAGGAGCAUCCCUUCCCAAGGCCACCCCUUCCUAUGAACAUCCCUUCUCAGGGUCAUCCUUUCACAAAGAAAUCCCUUCUCAGAAACAUUCCCUCCCACAGACACCCCUUCCCAUGGGAACCACUUCAUAGGGCAUUUCUUCCCAUGGACAUCCCUUUCCCAUGAAUAUCCCUUCCUGAGGCAUCCUUGACCAUGGACAUCCCUUCCCCGUGCACCUAUAUUUGUGCAGUCCCUUGGUCCCACAGUGGCUGUGCCACCACUGCAAGGGGACAAUUCCAGACUCUCCCCUCAAACCAUCCAAUUUCUUCCCUGUUUUUUAUUUCCUUUCCCAUCCUGAUGAUGUGUCAGCAGAGGGCACCCCAGUCCUGCACUUGGCUGUCCCUUACCCUGUUCUGGCUGACAAAUAAGUCACUUUUUAAUUAGGAAUGAAAAAAUUAACCUCCGUCCUUUCAGCACUCAAAUGAGGGACAAUCAAUUUGUGCAAAGCCUCAUCUCUUGGCUGCUGGAGUAUCUCUGGCUGCUCCCAAACCAACCCAGAUGGAGCUGGCAUUCCACCAUACCACGGGUGGGAUUGGGAGUGUUGGGAUGGAGAAUCUUGGCUCACUUUUUCCCUUGCCCGUGGGUGCGACAGGGCCCGGUGACAUUGGAGGAGAGCGUGCGGGGCGUCCUGCAGCUGCUGGCCCAGCUCUCAGCCACAAGCAAUGGCACCUUCUGGGACUGGAGAGGCCAGAGGCUGCCCUGGUGAGAGCAGCA